AUGCAAAAUAGAUUGAUAAAGCAAGAUGGACUGCUAGUCAAGGAGCAGUUCAGCGCUGUUAAAUCCAUGGGAGUUUUGUCAUUGAUUUUAAUGGGAGAAAGUUUGUACUCAACUUAUAUCAAAACAUUUCACGCUUCCAGUGCUGUUCAGAAUUUGUUGGACCCCAACAUCCCACAGGUUGGGUGGGAAAUGCUACCUCAAAGGGAACUAGUUUCUUUUAUUUCUUUUUUGUGGUGGGGAGUAUUUUACAGACCCUGCAUUCCACAGCCAGUGUCCAGAGAGCCCUGUGAGCAAGGAGAUUGCAGUUCUGCUCAGGUGGGGGCGUCACUGACGUUUUUUCUUUGA